AUGACCUCAGAAGAGAAUAACAAUAAAUCUUAAAAUCCAUCAUAGCUCACAAGUAAUGUAGAUUCUGUGUAUUCCUUUUAUGGCUAAAACAAUGGAAAGCUAGAUGCAAGCUAGUCUGAGAAUCUUCCAGAUUGUGAACAACCGAAAAAACAAAAAACUGCAUUUGACCUAAAAUUGCUCAAUGAUGAAAUUAAUGCUAGUAUACUUACUUCGACUACUUUUUCGACAAAACACCAAAAUUUGUAAAAGUAAAAAAAGAAAAAUGAGAAUUUCGUUCAUGGAAAAUCACCAAUGAAGCCAGUUGAGAUUUAAACUUUUUAAUAGGCAAAGGGAUAGAUAAAGAGAGGAAGUUUAAACAAGAGAAGCAUUGAAUUUCAGGAUCCCUUAGCCAAAAAAUAUAACUUGUCGAAUUAAUCAGCAGAGACAACAGAGAUGUCUAACCUCGCAGGAAUGGGGAAUAUGUCCGAGCCUAAUAGUAACAGUUGUUUUGAAAAUAUUAAUAAAAACAGAAUAAAUAAGAAGAUGUUUAUUAUGGGAGCAGACUCAAGAUUACAAAAGCUCAAUGGAAUUUAUAUUGAUCCUAAUAUAAAUCUUAGAAAAAAUGCAACUCCUAAGAAAAAAAGCUCAGCAUCAGGAGGUAAGGACAUACGAUAUCAGAUGAGGUAGUUUGAAUAAGCCUCAAAACUAUCAGCUGAUGAUUUCUUUUUUGGAGGGCCAAGCAUUCCUGAAGAGCCCGCAGAAUAAGAAGAAUAAGUUGAAGAUACAAUCACAUAAAAAGAAGUUGAAUAAGGGUAAAGGUUGAGUCUAGAGGAAUAGGCAAGGGCUUUAAUGAAAAAAAGAAAACUCAAUCAAGAUGGUAAUUAAGAGGUCAGAAAAUACAAAUAAAAAGAUCGUACUCAAUAGCCGGCUUAUAAAUAAGUUAAUGUCUUCAUUGAUAGUGUAGAAAACUAUCCCACUUUUAGUUGGAAUGAGAUAAUGGCAUUUAGAAACAGUAAAUAAUCAAAAUUAAAUAUAGGAUACGUUUAAUAACUUAAGAUGCACUUAAUAAAUGGUAAAGCUACACUUAAGAGGGAAGGCGAUUUUCAAAUGAGCUAGGAUGGAAAUAAAGCAAUGAGCUAAGGAGAUUAGAAAUAGAAUGUAGACUAAAUUAAUUUAGAAUUUAAAACUCUUGCCAUUUAAAAGAGUCAUAAUGUAUGUUCAUUAAUUGGAUUCAUUCAAAACAGAGAGUAUGUAAAGGUUAUAGUUGAUCCUAUCAAAUUUAAAUAAAAGCUAGAAAUUAAUCAAAAGAUUAGGUUAAUUAACUGUAAAAUCUUUGAUAUUUACUCGCAUCUCAAAGCUGAAAUUAACUAACCUUUUAAGUCAAAAAAGGAUUACAAAAAGGUUUUUAGAGUUAAUAAGCUCAUUGUACCAAAGGAAAUAAAAACAGAUUUAGAGGAAUAAAAUGAAUAAAUUACUAAAAUAAUUGAUAUAAACUAAAUUAUUAAGCUAACACAAGUCAUAUCCUUUCCAUAAAGAAUAAAUAAAGUUUCAAGUGUUAAGAAAAAAAUAAAAAAAUUGAUUGAUGAGGAUUAAUGUGAAAGUGAUACAAUGGAUGAGGAUAAGAAGAAGUCUGCUUCUAAGGAGGUUCUUUAAAAUAAAUUGAAUGAUAAUCAACUAAGUUAGCAAGAAGGUGAUUCUUUAGAUGAGAAAAUAGAUGAAGAAGUGGAAUCUCCAAGUUUACCUUUAUCAUAAAAUGACAACUAAAUGAAUAGUCCAUUCAAAAAGGAUAAGACUAAAAAUUAGCAUUUAAAUCAGAAAGUGGAAUAGUUUAAAUAAGUAUCAUAGACAAGUCUUAAGUAAACUAUUUAAAAUGAAGAUUAGGAAAUGUUAGAUGAAGAAGAUAAUGAAGAUUAGUUAGAAGAUUUAGGAAAUAAUGAAGAUUCACUUGAUUAGGAGAACUAAUAAUUUGAAGAAUAGUUAGAUGAGAAUGACAUUGAUAAUGAAAAUGAUGAGGUGGAAGAAAUGGAUUUAGAUAAUUGA